AGGCCACUUCUUGUGUACUCACUUCCAACGAAAACAAAUAGUUCUUAUCACAAUACAGUUUGGAAUUAAUCACGACUCCGAAUUAGAUCAAUGAUGUGAUACCGCCACGAGGGUACCGAUCCCACUCCAAAAUGAGCCACGGCGACCAGAGUCGCAGCCAGCGGAGCCACGAGCGCUCUGGCGGAGGCGACUCCACCAAGGACAGGGAGAAGGAGAAGAAGGGCUGGUUCCACUCGCUGACCAGGCGCAAGAAAUCCGACUCGGCGCUGGCCGUGUCCGCAUCCGCUUCCGCAUCCGCCUCCACCAGUGGAUCCCAGAACAACAACAACGACGUGUGCGUCCUUGAGCCAACGGCCUCUUCCAUGGCCAGCUGCAGCAAUGGAGGCACUGGCACUGGCACAGGCACGGGAACACUGCGCAGGCGGCGGGACAAGCAGGACAAGGACAAGCGGAACGUGUUCGCCAGAUUGCGAAGGAAGGUGGGCCAGGGGCUCAGCUCCCUGCGCAACUGGCACUCGAUGGGCGACUGCGACGAUGGCGGCACCACGGAUGCCACCUACGAGUUCCUCACCCCGGCCAUCUGCCCGGAGCCCACGCUCCCAUUCACGCACGACUACUUGCGCUUCAUCCGGAAGAAGUGGCUGGAGCGCGAGGACGCCCACUCGCCCAACCAGGUCAUGUACAAGGCCUGCUCCGAGAUGCUCAACCAAGUGUGGUACUGGGGCGAGAUCUCCAGGCGCGAUUCGCAGCGGCAGCUGAGCGACAAGCCGACCGGAUCGUUUCUGGUCCGCGAUUCGGAGACGAGCGGAUCCCAGUUCACACUGAGCUUCCGGAUUGUGAACGUAACGCUGCACUAUCGGCUGGAGUUUCGCGACGACUUCUGGCACUUCGAGGAGCUCAAGUACGGUUCGAUUGUGGAGAUGAUCAAGGAUAUCUUGCACCGCUGCACCAACGACAACUUUGUCUGCUUUGUGAAGGUGCCCAACGAGAUGCAGCCACCGUUUCCGGUGAUCCUCAAGUAUCCGCUGAGCCGGUAUGCCAACAUGCCCAAGCUGCAGGACCUGUGCCGUCGCGUCCUGCAGCGCCAGAUGUCGCGCGAGCAGCUGGCCAAGCUGCCGGUGCCCGCGCAGAUGCUGGAGUACUUGUCGGUGGAACGGGAACUGGUCUUCCAGAGCUAGACCAGACUUCCCGCCCCGUCCGCCGCCGAGCAUCCGCUGGUCAAAGCUUUAACACGGAAGUAAACGCAAGCACGUACACCAAAGAUGUCCGGGCGAAUCGAAUCGAAUUGAAUCAAAUCGAAUCCCAGCCUGCAGUUACUCGUUAUGAUAUUUGUUGGUCGGGUCGUCGGAUUGGCAAUAUGUUUUUUGAUGCAUUUCAACGCCCCAGUAACUAAGCGCACAGUCUCUCACCACACAAGUGCACGCCGGAAUACCAGUGUGCAGGUUUUUACUGUAUUGUACUGCUUAAAGUACCACUAGUACUAGAGUACUAGUAUCUUGUCUAGGAUAAAUAACUUUGUUAUUGGCCAUAAUUAGUCUAUUGGUUUGUUUUCCAUGGGUCUUGGUCAAGUCUUUACUCUGCACACGAGUGCGCCUAUCCUUAAAUUUUUGUAAAAAUCGAACUAUUGCAUAUAUAUGUAUUAACGUUAGUCCUAAGUCAGAUGUAUUGUAAUGUUUACGUUGUUCGCAUUUUUGUAUUCCUAUCUUGGACACUAACUUUUUGCUAAACUAGAUUUGCAUGGAAUUUAGGCAGCUUUACGGCAUACGAAUCUGUUCAAUGCCCAAUUACUCUUGUUGCAAUGUGUAUGUAUUUUAUUUAAAUCUAUCUACGAAUAUUUUACAACAAUAAAAUAUUAAUCAACUCAUUGUGCGAUCUUGCAGUCAAUGGAUUUCGCAAAUAAAACAAACAUCACGUAUAA